AUGUCCGCAAAAGAAGUAAAUCCUGGGUUAGAAGCAGAAGAAUCGCUUUUGUAUUCAGCCAGGCAUGGAGAGCUGCAAGUAGUAAAAGCUCUCCUAGAUGCUAAAAAGGAAGGAAAGCUGAGAUUAGACAUUAAUUGCAAAGGUAAAGCUAAGGGUAAUUUAGGAUGGACUCCGCUUCACUUGGCCACCUAUUUCCGUCACGUGGACGUCGUCGAAGCUCUCUUAGACGCUGGCGCCGAUGUAGAUGAAGUCAACGACAGUGGCGACACGGCCUUACACAAGGCUUCGUUUAUUGGAAACGAGGAGUUAGUGAUUCUCCUCCUAAACUACAAAGCCGACGUCAAUAUAAUGAAUGGUGAAGGACGAACGGCAACAGACGUUUGUAAGACGCAGGAUGUCCAGAGGUUGUUGGAAGCAGCUCGACUUGCAGAGAGACGAGAUAGAGAAAGGAAGCUGUUGAAUGCUGCGAGGGAGGGGAGAGUCGAAGAAUUGCAAGAGUUGUUAAGCAGUCCAAACCCUCCGAAUAUAAACUGCGUAGACGCACAAGGCAAUACGUGUUUGCAUUGCACGGCGUACAGAGGGCACGCGCGAGUCGCCGUUUUAUUACUAGAAAAUGGAGUGGACACAACAUUAAGGAAUAAUAGCGGACAAUUAGCAAUAGACAUGUCGAAAGACAAUGAGAUGAGAGAGGUACUGAGUGUGAGGCCGGCGCAGAGGCUGCAAAGGACCGCCGCGCGCUUUGAAGGCCCUCUACUAAAGCGCUCUAGGUUCCUAGGGUGGAGGCCUAUAUGGGCAGUACUCCAACGCGGCGUUCUACUGUACUACGGGUCCCGCGCCGAGGCCGCCCGGGAGAAGGGCAGGUGGAGAGACCGCAAGUACUUGGAUGGGGCUAAACUGUCCGCGCCGGACACCGAACCCGCACUCAUGUUGGUGGCCUUCAGUGACGGUGACAAUCAUAGGCUAGCCGUGCCGCAAGGGGAAAACGUAUCGGCUGCUAGACAGUCAUGGAUAACAGCUUUCAAAGAGCAUAUAGCGUAUUCUGGACACUACCUGUGGGCGGGCGCGGCCCCCGACACCGCGCGGGAGGCCGUUGAGGACUUGGAGGACGAUUGUAAGCCGUUAGGAUCGAUGCAGGACGCCUUGACGAACGCGACGAACAACCUGGCGCUGCUUGACACGCAGCUGCGCGAGUGCGCCGCCAUCCUCGCCGCGCUCGACAAGAGCGUCACCGUCGGCAACGCGUUGCACCACUCCGCCUACAUGAGGUUCCAGCACGCGUGCGGCACGGGGCAGGCGGCGCUGGCGGCGCUGAAGCACUGCGCCGCGCUCGUGGCGCAGGCGCGCGACCGCGACCGGCACGCGCUCGCCACGCAGAUAGAGAGGAACAGGGUGUUGGAGGAGGCGCUGGCGGCGCUCGCCAGGACGCACCAUGCUCUGGAGAUGUCUGUGGCUGAAGAACUCACUAAGAGUAAACGAAAGAAAAAGAUAUCGCAAUCUACGAACGAUUCGAAAGAGAAUUUCUUCGAUAUAUAUGAUGAUUCGGACGAGGACGACACGCUGGUGACGGCGGGGCUGUCCAGCCCGCUGGGCGCGCUGAGCCCGUGGGGCAGCCCCGAGCUGGCGCGCCGCUACGACCUGCCCGACGACCUGCUCGACGGUGAAAGAACACCAACGAACGAUGACCGAGACGUGUUCUUCCGCCGCCUGUCCCCAUCCCCCUCCGGCUCGGGCUCCCCGUCCUCCCCCAGCUCCCCGCGCACGGCGCUGAGCCCCGCCAGCUCGCGCGGCACGCUGGUGUCGCAGGGCGGACACGUGUACAGGAACGCCAGGCCCUACAGGAAGAACACCAAGCCCAGUUCCAAAUGGUCGCUA